AUGAGCGUAGGUCGCGACAUCGUUCUCGCAGCCGUACGAGUUGUAGAUCGCGAUAUCGCUCGCGUAGCUGUUCUAAGGCCUCAAUUAAUAACCGCCGUUCAGCGUGUUGUUCACGCAGUAGAAUUCGAAGUAAAAACCGUGCCCGAACUCGUAAUACGUCGCGUCAUGAUAGUGUACGCCACCCGAAACGAGAGAAACGUUGACCUUUGCGCGGAGAAUAAUUCUAAAAAUACGGGUGGAAGUGAUAUUGUUGUUGUUGUAGUAGAUGGCAUUCCCAUGGAUGCUAUCAUUGAUAGCGGUGCUCUUAACGUGUCACUUAUUUCCUCGGACGUGCUGAGGUACCUUGCCAGCCAACCGAAGUCUACCAACUGUGUUUUAAAGGGUAUAAGCGAAAAAGAAAUAGUAGUCAAAGCUUAUGUGAACGUUACUCUCGAGUUAAGUCAAAUUUCAAUUGAGGCGAAUCUGCUUAUAGUCCCUUCUUCGUGUAUGAACGCACCGAUUAAUGCAGGAACGGAUAUACUAAAUCGCGAUGGUAUCAUGUAUAUUCGCACUAAAGAUGAUCAAUAUUUGACGAGGUCUACUGAUUCCCUUAUUCAAAUUAACACGUUACGGCGUCUUGAGAUAAACACGCCCCUUGAGGGAGUUAUGAAUCGUUGCUUAAAAUCAUAA